ACGCAGUACUCUUUCAAAAAAGUCUUUGGAGUCUCUGUAUCUCAGGUCGAGCUCUUUGAGCAUGUGGCCAGACCUCUUGUUGAUGAUCUUAUUCAUGGAAAAAAUGGUUUACUCUUUACAUACGGAGUGACAGGAAGUGGGAAGACGUUCACCAUGACUGGCUCUCCAGGUCAGGGAGGAUUGCUGCCUCGGUCCCUCGACAUGAUUUUCAACAGUAUCGGGCCCUACCAAGCUAAACGAUAUGUUUUUAAGACCGACGAUAAAAACGGAAUGGAAAUCCAGUGCGAGGUCGAUGCAUUGUUGGAGCGCCAAAGGCGAGAAAACAAUUUGCCUGUUCCAAAAACGCCUUCUUCCAGACAAAAGAUUGACCCUGAAAUGGUGGACAUGAUCACCCCUGAGGAGGCUUGUAAAGCAGAUGGCGUGGACGAAGACAGCAGCUACAGCGUCUUCGUGUCUUACAUAGAAAUCUACAACAACUACAUCUACGACCUGCUGGAAGAAACGCAGGAAGACGUAGUCAAACCAAAGUGGAAUGGUGGAGGUACUCCUGUGCGCCAGAACACUGAGUUUAUACCGCCUCAAUCUAAAAUCCUGAGAGAAGAUCAGAACCACAACAUGUAUGUGGCGGGCUGCAUGGAGGUGGAAGUGAAGUCAGCUGAGGAGGCCUUUCAAGUCUUCUGGAGAGGUGAGGUUGUUUGUGAAUAGACACCCAAGUUUUAGUUUCGUCCAGGGGUCUGCAACCUUUGAGGCCAAAGGAGUCAUUUGGUCCAGUUUCUUAUUGACCAGAACCGAGCAAGAGCUGCAAAGUCCUAUUUCUAAAAUGUUUGUGUGACUAUUAAUCCAUUCACUCAUAAAAUGUAGCUUUUAU